GACCUACCACUGGACCUUCAGUGGCCAAGCUGUGAAGGAGACGAAAACUGGCACAGAGAGCUACUCUCAAGGGAAGUGCGCCGGGGAAAAGCGCAAGGGGCAAAUCGAGAGUGCCGCAGGUGCUGGGAAGCAGUUCAGAAAAGCACAGCGCCUGGCGAUCACCAGAUAA